GUUUGUCUGCGGUGUAGUUCGUGUGCUGCAACGAGCCCUAUAAACUUGUAACAAACCUUGUGAAAGACAGUAAAGGCUACCGGGGAUGUCUCAGACUCGUACGUCCUGCGACUUACGGCGACGGUGACGCCUCGUCUCUGAAACCUCCAUCACGCUGUACAACAGCCAUGACCGAUGCCGAAAUCGCACCUCGCGAGGUCACUCCGCCUCCGCUACAGGCUCCUACGGCUAAAGAGAAGAAAUACGAUCGUCAACUACGAUUAUGGGCUGCCUCUGGUCAGAGAGCACUAGAAGAGUCUCAUGUCUUGCUGGUGGUCGGCGAUGAGCCUCAAGGAUCCAACAGCAGUGUCGCCGGCGUUGAGGCUCUGAAGAAUCUCAUCCUUCCAUCCAUUGGGAACUUCACAAUUGCCGAUUCGGCAAAAGUCACAGACGCCGAUCUGGGUGUCAACUUCUUCCUGGAAACAGACAGUCUACACAAGUCAAGAGCAGAAGAGACGAAACAUCUCCUGUCAGAGCUGAACCCAGACGUAACAGGUCAUGCUAUCACCGCACCACUAGCAGAAUGGCUUCCUGUCGAAGGCUCUCUGACACCGUACAACCUCGUUCUCAUUUGCGCACCGAUCCAGCCAGAGAUCCUUCAACGGAUAUCCUCGUAUGCAACGGAAAGGUCAAUACCCAUAAUCUCCAUCCAAUCAGCCGGCUUUUACGGUUCCUUCUCGAUACAACUGCCUCACGAGUUCCCCAUUGUCGAUACCCAUCCAGACCCUGAGAGCACGCAGGAUCUCCACCUCCUCGCUCCCUGGUCAGAACUAGAAUCAGCAAUAGAUUCACUGGGUGACCUCUCUGCACUGUCAGAUCACGACCACGGUCACAUUCCGUACAUCCUCCUCUUGUUAUAUUACCUGAGAGAAUGGAAGUCAAGUCACAACGGCUCCUAUCCUUCGACGUUCAAGGAAAAGACAGAGUUCCGUGAAUUGGUUCGCUCAGGUGCAAGGACGAACAGUCCCGAAGGAGGCGAGGAGAACUACGACGAAGCAUGUGCGGCAGUAUUAAAGAGCAUUGGCCCUCCACCCGUGGGUAGUGGUUGCAAGGAGAUGAUGUCUAUGCCUACUUGUACAGAUCUCAAAACAGAGUCUGCAAACUUCUGGGUCAUUGCACAUGCGAUCAAGACUUUCUAUGACGCCCAUGGAGUCCUUCCGCUUCCUGGAUCGUUACCAGACAUGAAAGCGACCAGCUCGGAGUACAUACGACUGCAGGGUCUCUAUAAAGCGAAAGCGAGAGCCGACGUCGCUGAAGUCGCUAAGACUGUCCGCCAACUCGAGGGGUCUCUGUCGAGGUCCACCCGAAUCGAAGACUCGGAGAUCGAAGCAUUCUGCAAGAACGCCUCUCACGUCCGUGUCCUUACGAACCCGAACAAUGAACGCGUUCCAUCUCUCCGAUUGGCCACAUCUGAUGCGAAGACUCUCGCAAGACUGCCGAGUCUUGUCGAAAAUGAUUGGGAGGGCAUGUUCGCUGUCUUUGUAGCAUUGAACGCGAACAUCAACCCUGAGAAUCCUAUUGAUGUCACUACAUUAUCGUCCGAUGCUGAAACACAGGAGAACUACACCAAUGCCAUCACAGAAGUUGAGCGAGUAUCUGGUGGUGAACUGCAUAAUAUUUCAAGCGUUCUUGGCGGUAUGGUGGCACAGGAGGCGAUCAAACUGCUUACUAGGCAGUACGUUCCUGUGGAUGGGACAUGCGUCUUUGAUGGCAUCAGAAGUAAGACCGGGGUCUUCAAGAUCUGAUCUGACCCCGUGAGGGUCGAAGACAAGGUGGUUAUGAGAGUCACAUACCAGUGAACAUGCUUGAUGGCCGUACACUAGUCAUGACAUAAGCAAGGCAUUCGUCCAAGUAGCAUAGACGGACAUGACCAAUGGACGAGAUAGCCGCGAGACGUUUAUC